AUGAACGAUUCCUCAGGUGUUUUGGAAAUCCGUCGCACCGAUGGAUUUCGCGUUAUUGAUGAUAUAUGCUUUCUCCAAAACCCUUAUGGAUUUGCGCAGAAGAAUAGCACAUUUUCUUUCCUUGUAGGAAAUUCGACCCCAUAUUUCGGCCAGACGUAUGAUAUGUCACCUAAGCCAAUCAAAAACACAGCAACUGAUCUAGGAACAGCCCUAGAUAUUACUAUAUCCAAUGAUUGCACAAAGGCAAUUUCUGUUCAUGAAAAUGCUGGAAUUGCAUACUGGGAUUUAGUGAAAAACAAAUUGAUUGAUCGUAUUAGAACACCUCGCCAGCUCAAAUUUGUGGCUUACACCGAAGAAGAUAAUUCAUUUUAUGGAUUUGACAACGAGAAUACCCUAUUUAAGUAUAAUUUUAAGAAAAAAAUCUCAAGUAACCUCCAUGAAAUGGAAUUAUAUAAGUUUCCGAACAAUAUUACCAAAGUUGAUAAUCAACUGACAAACUAUCUCAUAAUUUCAACUGAUAAUGCUAUCUACAUCUUUGUUCCUGCAAAUAAUAUCAUUAACCAAUUUUAUCAGGCCAUGAGAGAUCAGAAACCGAAAUUUUAUCUCGCAAAACGCGAUGAUGUUCCAGAAAUCUACGUAACUGAUGGUCCAUACUGCAAGAUAUUUAGAAUGGAGAAUGUCCUUACAACUGGAUGCGUUCGCGAAUGCUGUUUCGAAGCAACAAUAACUAAUAUUGCUUUCUGCAGCUGUAAUUUGGCUGCUGCAACUCUAACCAACGGCUCUCUCUUACUCUUUAACUGUUCCUCCAAAAUCGUGCAAAAAUACCAAAAUGCGAACAUUACAGAUCUGAUUAAGAAGUCUUCCAUCAUAUUUGGUCAGAAAGAUCAAAUAUUCUUCAUCGGCAAGAGAGGAAUAAUUGAAAUGACUCUCUUCGACUGGAAGAAGUUACUUCAAGAAUAUUUUGACAAGAAACUAUUCAUCGAAUGCUUCUCAACGGCUAUUACUAUCUACGCUGGUACAGCUGUUGAUUACUUCGGUGUCAGUACAAAUCCAAAUAUCCGCUGUAUCCAAUUAGUUGAUACUGUUGGUCCAAUGUUGACUGAAUCACUUAAGAGCGCUCAAACAGAAGAAGUCGCAGAAUGGAUAUUUACUACAGCAAACGCGUUCGGAAUGCGUGAUUUCGUGUUUUCUACAGCAUAUAACUACUUUGAGAAGGAAAAUCGUCUUCCUUUCUACUUCAGCCUCAUCUUUGGCCGUCAGGGAUCCAUAUUCAUACCUCAAGCUCCAGCAAAAAUCGUUAUUAAAUUUGCAGAAUUAUAUAACUCAAUGAACAAGCUUUCUGAAUGCGAAAGUUAUCUUUCUUGUGUCGAAUACACACCGGAAAGUGCCAAAACAGUGCUUGAUAUCGCAAAUCAGUACAAAAUGUACAAAUUAUACCUGAAACUCUCAAUUUCAAUAUACCACAACGCCAUAGAACCAUGCAAUAUAUACUUAGAGAAUGGAAAACUCAAGGAAUUCAUGGAUAUUGUCUUCAUUAACGAAGCAAUUCCAGGAAUUGACCAAAGAAUCCUUGGCGUUUUGGUUUAUUGGACAUUUACAUAUGUUAACGGUUCAUUUGAACGCUUAAGAACCGUUUUAAAGGCUGAUUGGAAGAACGCAAACGUUUUUAUCAACAAAGUUCUUUCGUUACUUCCUGUAAAGCUUGCCAAUGGUGUUGUUAUAACACAAGAAGGCGUAAUCGAUGCAAUUCUUAGAACAGUUUGCACUGAAGAUUACGAUUUAAUCGAACAUAUCCUUGAAACAUGCUUCCAGAUCAUAAAUUCAACAGGACAACGCAUUCCACCACCUGUCAUUCCAAUAGCAAUGCACUGGAUCUUCAACAGUUACGGCUGGAGCGAACAUCGCAUUAAUUUACUGAAACUCGCAGCCCAACAAUAUCCAAACUACAUCCAACUCGAUAGGUUGAAGUCAUACAUCGAAGGCGCAGGGUUCUCAAGCCUUCUCCCUUCAGCUAAAAACGAUCAUGAAUCAAAUAUCCGUAUGAUGUCAAUGAAUCGUGAAAAUACUUGUCAGUUAUUCAAAUAUUUCGACGAUCACUACAUCAAAGAGAACAAAAACAUGACUCCUGACCAAAUUGAAGCGAAUAACAGCUCUCUCAUCAAAGCUUUCACGAAUUACAUACAGUCAUUCAUCAUUGCAAGCCCAGAAAACGCCGUCCGCAUCGUUAACGAGUACGUUCCAACACUUCAUAACAAUAUUGGAACUGUAUGCAACACUUUUUGCGAAUGGUUAUAUCUGGCAGCAAUGAUUGGCUCUAAAUAUGACUUUAUACUUACUCAAACUGACAGAACUCGUUACUUUGUCUUGAUGUGCAAAUAUGCACCAGAAAAAGUCGUCAAAUACCUUGAUGAAACACCAGAUAUCAACUUAGAUGCCGCCUUAGAAGCCUGCCUCUCCAAUUCCGUUCUCAAAGGAAGUAUCAAAAUUUAUAUGUUGCAAAGUGAGUCGCAAAAGGCCAUUGAGCUCAUGGCAGGUGAGAACGAGAGAUUGCUAGUAACGUUGAUCCAGUCCGGCCAAGAAAUAAUUCUGACAUCAGCAGAUAGAGUCCAAGAAGAGCCACUUUUGAAAGACGCCCUUGAAAAUAUCAAAAUGGCCCUGACAACAGCAGAAAAAGCACCAAACGCUAAAGAUAUCGUUACAAAAAUGUGGAAAACACUUUUCCAAAGUUUCCAGUUGCCAAUUUGGCUUUCCCAGAACAAAUCAUCACCACAAACGAAGCAAGCAAUUGCUCUGUUCUUUGCUUACUUCAUUGUGGAAGCUCUAGGACGAGCAAAUGUUGAUUUAAUAUUUAGUUUGCUUCGCCAAGAGUUCAGAGCUCUUAAUUCUUCACAGUACAGGAAUAUUUUCUCAUUCCUUAUUGGAUAUUUGGGUUACAGAUACAAUUUAUCCCAGAAUGUCGAAAGUAUUUACAUGGAAGACUGUAGAAAGAUGAGAGAACUCGCGGAACUGACGAGAACAAGAGGUAUUAUCAUUGAUAACGCUGUUUGUGGUAUGUGCAAGCAGCCAAUUAACGGUGCUGGCGGAGUCGGAAUGAAAUGUUACGAAUGCGGACAUUGUUUCCACAAUAAUGCAACAUGCGGUGCAGAUAAAAUAUGCCCGGUCUGUAAAGGAGAGAAACAAGAAGAAAUGAAUAGAAAGAGAAAAAUGAAAUUCGAUAGAGGAGCUUCUGUAAGAGUAAGGAAGCUUCAGAGAGUAGAUCAUGGUAUGAAAGUCCCUCCAAGAAAGAAUUCUGCUGAUAAUACGUCGUUGAACAGCUCUGCAACUUAUUUCCAAAAUGAAUACAGUGAAACAUCAACAUCCAGCAGAACUUUGUCGAAUAAGAAGAAAUAG